AUGCACAUGAUGAAGUUUCUUGUAAUUGGAGUUAGUUUGCUUGUGUUCCUGUCAUGCGCAAUGGCAAAAGACGAUGAUAUUGGAACAGUUAUUGGUAUAGAUCUUGGAACAACUUAUUCUUGUGUUGGCGUUUUCAAAAACGGAAGAGUUGAAAUAAUCGCAAAUGACCAGGGAAACAGAAUCACUCCGUCUUACGUAGCGUUUACUGAAGAUGGCGAUCGUCUUAUAGGUGAUGCUGCUAAAAACCAGCUGACAACAAACCCUGAACAUACGAUAUUUGACGUCAAGCGUCUGAUUGGUCGAGAAUGGAAUGAUGAAGCUGUACAGAAAGACAUCAAAAAUUAUCCAUUUAAAGUCGUGAACAAGAAUAACAAGCCACAUAUACAAGCUAAAGUUGGAGAUUCUAUGAAAGUGUUCGCACCAGAAGAAAUAUCUGCCAUGGUCUUGGGUAAGAUGAAGGACAUUGCUGAGGGCUAUCUUGGUAAAAAGGUGACCAAUGCUGUUGUUACGGUCCCUGCUUACUUCAAUGACGCCCAGCGACAGGCUACUAAAGAUGCUGGAAGAAUUGCUGGUCUAAAUGUGAUGAGAAUCAUCAACGAACCAACUGCAGCAGCUAUUGCGUAUGGGCUUGAUAAGAAAGGAGAGAAAAAUGUUCUUGUGUUUGACCUUGGAGGAGGAACCUUUGAUGUAUCCAUACUAACGAUCGAUAAUGGAAUAUUCGAAGUCAUCGCAACAAACGGUGACACACAUCUUGGAGGGGAAGAUUUUGACCAGAGAGUUAUGGAACAUUUUAUAAAAAUGUAUAAAAAGAAAACAGGGAAAGACAUGAGGACUGAUAAACAUGCCAUGCAGAAACUAAGACGUGAGGUCGAAAAAGCUAAACGAGCCCUGUCGUCUGCUCACCAAACCAGAGUAGAAAUUGAAUCAUUGUUUGAAGGAAAUGAUUUCUCAGAAACACUCUCUAGGGCCAAGUUUGAAGAAUUAAACAUGGAUUUAUUCAAAUCUACAAUGAAACCAGUACAGAAAGUAUUAGAUGAUGCCAACAUGAAGAAAUCUGAGAUUGACGAAGUAGUCCUUGUUGGUGGUUCUACACGGAUUCCUAAAGUUCAACAACUUCUCAAAGACUACUUCAGCGGCAAGGAACCAAACCGAGGGGUAAAUCCAGAUGAGGCUGUGGCUUUUGGUGCCGCUGUUCAAGGUGGCAUCAUGAGCGGUGAGGCAGAGACUGGAGGCCUGCUAUUGAUGGAUGUUAACCCACUAACACUUGGUAUAGAAACCGUUGGUGGUGUCAUGGCAAAACUGAUCCCGCGAAAUACCCAAAUACCCACAAAAAGAUCACAAAUAUUUUCAACAGCAGCCGACAACCAGAACGCCGUAACAAUACAGAUUUUUGAAGGUGAAAGAACAAUGACAAAAGACAAUCACAUAUUGGGAAAAUUUGAUUUGACUGGAAUCCCACCAGCUCCGCGAGGAAUACCACAGAUCGAAGUCACGUUCGCUGUUGAUGCUAACGGGAUUUUGGAAGUCAGUGCAGAAGACAAAGGAACGGGUAAGAAAAACAAUAUUGUUAUUCAAAAAGAUGAUAACAGACUUUCACAACAAGAUAUAGAUCGUAUGAUAAAUGAUGCUGAAAAAUUUGCUGAUGAAGAUAAAGCUAUAAAGGAAAAAGUAGAUGCUAAAAAUGAACUUGAAAGUUUGACCUAUAACCUCAAAAAUCAAAUCGGUGAUAAAGAAAAAUUAGGUGGAAAACUAACUGAUGACGACAAAUCAACCAUAGAAAAUGCGAUUGAAGAAAAAAUUAAAUGGUUGGAAAAUAAUCCAGAUCCUUCUAUAGAAGAACUUAAAGAACAGAAGAAAUCGUUAGAAGACAUUGCUAAUCCUAUUGUCAGUAAAGUAUAUCAAGAGUCUGGUUCUUCGUCAGACGGAGAAAAAAGUGAAUUAUAGAUAAAACUCUAGUCCAAAACCUUUGUCUUUCAUUCUAAAUAAUAAUUUCUAUUCGAAGGGAAUUUUGAUGAAUCCGUAAAUGGGACAGAUUGAUUUUUUUAUCUAUGCAUCUGUUCACACUUUCCUUGUAGUAUUAUAAAUGUUCCCCUGAAUCAUUGUUUUUAUGUGAUACGCAUACCCUUUUCUCACAUAAUUGAAUGCAUAAUAUUGUAAAUAUAUUUCCAUUUAUCGAUUCAUAUCAGAAUUUUAUUGUAUGUUUGCAAAUGUUGUUAGUGAAUGAAUUUUUAUAUACUUGAUUUAUAUUUAUUCAAUGUCCCUGUUGUUACUGUUAUUUAUAAUUAAUU